AGAGGUACAAGAAUCCGAAGGGGUGCAAAACUGCACCCCGCCCGGCUCACCGCUCCCAUCCCGCAGCUCUUCUUAGGCGGCGUGGGCACUAUGGCGGUGACGGUGAAGGUGGCCAGCCAGGCCAAGUGGGAGCCUGGCAUGCAGGAGUCCGACCUCAUGGACGCGCUCCCAGAUGGCAAGAGCCGAGUAGACCAGGAGACCGAAGGCAUCAUGCUGGUCUCCCUGGGCUGCUUCUGCGGGCCGAAGCUCUCCUUCAAGAACAUCGGCCGGGGAGCAGAGACCUUGCCAUUUGACUGGAUGCGGACACGCCACGAGGGCUUGGUGCACUUUCUGCAGAACGGCUGGGACGAGCGCACAAACUUCAAUGGCUUCUUUGAAUUCACCUCCAAGAAGGCUCGGCUGGGCUUGGACCGGGGUGAUUGCAGUAUGGCGUUCUCAAGAGGCUUGCAGCCGGCUUCUUGGUGCUUCAUGCUGCCCAGAGAGCGCCAGGUGGUGCCCGGAUGUCAGAUGACAACGUAUCGCGACUACUUCCACUCCUUCUGGCAUGACGAUCCCACUGACCCUGGCAUGCAUGAGAGAUACAAGCGCCGUAUCAAGCGCUUCAACUCCAUCGAUGCGAGAUCUGAAGCUGUGCUCUUCGUCCGAACCAUCCCUUCGACAUCGGAGCUGGACCAAGUUCCGGAGCUGCUGAACUUGCUGAUGAAGCGGCAUGGGCCGCAAUCGAUCCUGCUGUUGAUCAUUGACUUUCAGCACACGGUUUCUGGGGCUGCUGUUGUGCAAGGAAUGGACAACAUCAUGGUGCACUUCCUGGCUGGAAGCAAGCAUGUCAACCAGGAGGGCCUGCCCGCCCCGCCGUACGGCGAGGCGGUGAAUUUAGCCUUGGACUGGAUCGUGGGGCGGCCGGUCUCUGUCAUGCAAUUCGAUAGCUGGGAGAGGAUAAUUCGAUGUGCAGAUGCAACUGACUGGGGCCUGGGCGGCCUCGGAGGGCUCUACGCCUUUGAGCUCACCAAGGAGCCGCCGAAGGAGGAGCCCCCUGAGGCGGUGCCGGAGCCUUUGCCACAGCUGCCAGCGCUGCCGUCGGCGGAGCUCCAGCGCUACUUCGCCCCCAAGACGUUGGCCCACAUCGGCCGGGUACGAGUGGUGCCUUUGGGAUUCAGCGGCCUGGUGAAGGCGACGGUGCUGGCGAUGGGGUUACCCACCGAAGAGCUGCCCUUCGACUGGCUGCAGAUCAGCGACGCGGGGUUGCUGCACUUUUUGCGGAAGGGCUUCGAGGCCCCGAUCCGGGAAGGGCUGGGGGCCGGGGGCCAGCGGCCCAUGGAGAAGCGAGGCUUCUUUGACUUUGCCACCAGGAGAGAAGUGCCCGGCACCUCAUUGAUGAUGUGUCGGUCGCAUCUGCACUCCUUCUGGCAUGACGAUCCUGCGGACCCAAAGGUCCGCAGCAAAUUCGAGCAGCAGUUCGAGCGCUUCAACGUGCUAGGGAAGUCUGGGGACACCCUGCUGUUUGUCCGGGCGGUUGCGACCACCUACGAGCUUGGCCGAGCUUGGGAGCUCAGCCAGGCGUUGUCCAAGAAGUUCGGCCAGCAGGCAGUGCUUGUGAUCAUUUGCGACUUUCAGAGUUCGUCCACGGGUCCGAUGAUGGUCGAGAACGUGGAUGACAUCAUGGUCUACUUCCUUGAGGCUGAAGCCCACAAGGACCAGGCGCCUUACCGGAAGCCCAUCCUCAUGGGGCUCCACUGGCUGUCAGGCAAGGAGCUCCCGAUGAGCAUUGCAGCCGACUUCAAGGCCUUACAAGCAUGCGCGAAUCCGACCUCUUGGGGCUUGACAGGUCUCGGUCGGCUACAUGCCGUGGAGGGCCUGUCCGAGCCCACGUCGCCCUCCUCGCCGGGCCUGGAGCUGACGCCGGGCCCGCAGAACCAGUGGCUGAUGGACGCCAAGUUCGAGGCCGACAAGGAACUUUGAGGCUGAAGUACUUCUGAGCCAUCUUGGCAGAUGCACUUUUAGGGACCCUGUCGAGUGAUUGGUUUCAAUGUGGAUUCAGCUUUGUCACCAUCUGAAAUAUCAGAUUCGAUGCGCAUGAUCAAACAGUGU